GGAGAGGAGACCAAGGUGGAGAAGGAGAGGAGACCAAGGGAGAGGAGGAGAGGAGACCAAGAGAGAGGAGGAGAGGAGACCACGGUGGAGAAACAGUGGAGCAUCAUUUCCCGAUGCUCUGUGAGAGAGCUUCUGAGAGGAUGAUAGGAUGAAGGUGGGAAUGCAGAGUCGCAAUGAACAUGAAGAUAAGAGUGUGCCAGGGGGUUAGUGGCAUCAUUUUUGUCACCAUGGUUACCAGCUUUAUGUUGGUGUACAACAACGGCAGCUUUGGCAACAGAUCCCCUUCCUCGUCAUCACCAUCGUCACGCCGUCCGAAUGGUACCGCUCCGACCAAGAAGAAGCCCGAUGGACCGCGGCGACUCCCAACGCCGACACUGGAGGGGUACACAAGUGUCAUGGAUCACAAGCCUCUGAAGAUGCACUGCGGGACCUGCGCCCUGGUGACCAGCUCCGGCCAGCUGACCGGGAGCAGGAGAGGCGAGGAAAUCGACCGCUCGGAGUGCGUCAUCCGCAUGAACGACGCCCCCAGCGUGAACCACCAACGGGACGUCGGGCGGCGCACGAGCCUGCGGGUUGUAGCGCACUCCAGCCUGCAGCGGGUGCUGCGGAGCCGGCAGGAGCUGCUCAACGCUAGCCAAGACACCGCGUUCGUCUUCUGGGGACCCAACAGCUGCAUGAGGCGGGACGGGAAGGGCCACGUUUACAACAACCUCAGGCUGUUGAAACAGCUGCUGCCCAAACUUAAGGUCUACAUCAUUUCCCGGGUCAAAAUGCUGAAGUUCGAUGAGCUAUUUAAAAAGGAAACGGGGAUUGACAGGAAGAGUUCCAACUCCUGGCUGAGUACCGGCUGGUUCACCAUGGCCAUAGCCGUGGAGCUGUGUGGCCGGAUCGACGUGUACGGCAUGGUGCCCCCUGAUUACUGCAGCCCCCGCCCUCAUAAUCCGCCUCACAAUCAUCCAAGCACUGUUUUUCCUACAUCACCAUUCCCCCUCUUUGACUCUCCGCGUUUCUGCUCCUCUCCCCGGACCUCCUCCUCGCAGAUCCCCCUCUCAUCCCUCCCUGCCGUACCACUACUACGAGCCCUCGGGGCCCGACGAGUGCUCCAUGUACCUCUCACACGAGCGCAGCCGACGGGGAAGCCACCACCGCUUCCUCACGGAGAAGGCCGUGUUCGCCGACUGGGCUCGAACCCUCGACAUCCACUUCCACCGGCCGGACUGGGAGCCGGCCGCCGCUGCCAACGGCUCCCGCGCUCCGGCCCCCGGCUGGAUCCCGGGGUCCAACCCGGAGACAGGCGAGCGGACGUCUGGCGCCGUGGGCCGCGUGAAGGCGCGGGACGGCAGCCGAGGCAGCUCAUGGCAGGGCGGGGUCGCCGCGUGACGGCAGCACGAAGCCCAGCGGGACGGUUUGAAAGGUGUUUUACGGGAUGAAUCUCACACCGGAAUCAAACACGGCAAUAAGGAACUUAUCAACUACUCACACGUUGACGUUGUUUUUCAUUUUUGUUGACACCUCACAACAAUACAGAGUAAAUAAACAGUGCCGGCCCGUCAUAUUUAGCUGUAACAGACAAGCUAUGUAUAUAUAUUCAAUGACAGAAGCAACGCAUCACAUUGUAUCAUGUAUGUAUAGUGCAAUAAAUUCAAGAAUCAUUAGGGUUUGUAGAAAUAACUUUUGUGCAGCAGGCAGCCUUCAUUGAUAUGAAGUGAUGCUAGUCUAUUGUAAUAGUAUUGUCAUUAAUUAGUGUAUUGAUUUUUUUUCAAUGAUGACUGGAUUCAUUGUUUUGUCCGUUAAAUGUCAACAAUGUCGACAAUUGUGAGAAAUUACCUUUAAACACUGUUAAAGCCGACACAGCGAGGUCCUGAGACGUCCUCUUUGGAUUUGACUGGACAAACGAUCAAAUUGGAGAAGAUGGAACCAGUAAAGGGUUUUCAUUUUCACUAGAAUAGAUGAAAACAUGUCACACCUGGAUGUGCAGCAAUGAUUUUUCGAGAGAUGCAUGAACUGAACAUUUUUUGUUCGUUUUUCUUGCUGGUGACUCGGAAAUGGAAAUUUUCUGAACCUGUAUAAUAGAAAAGCUGUCUAAUUUUUACACCAGAACAUUUUAACUACAUUAAAGGAAUGUUAAAUGUCUGUAUAUUUCUGAAUAAAGCUUGAACCAGCAUUGCCUGGACAAAUUAAAUACAA